UUAAGCCUAUUUCGGCACUGCGUCAGGAUGAAAGUAGCUAGCUAACCUAAGCUAACCCAACGUUAGCAUUGACGUUAGCCGUGGUUGUAUGAAGUUAUACAUCCACGGAUUUUAACACGUUAAGCUAACGUACAUUCUUCAGUGUCACAUGUGCCAUUUUUCCAAAUCUUGAUCAACCUACAUUUUUACAAAUGUGUAGUAAUAUAUUCACGUUACUGAACACGACCGUCUAGACUGUUGCGUUACACAGUGUCCAUAAUGCUGGGAGAACUAACUAGCUAAACCAUUCCUAUUAAAAUGUCGCUUUCGCUUAGUUAAGUAAGGUGCAACAUUGUUCGUUUAUAUUACAUAUUACGUUAUAUUUUGUUUACUGAUUUAUCAACCACCUUCACCUUUUUUGAAAGUUGUGUUGCACUGUGGUUUCAGUUGUUAAAUACAUUUUAGCUAGGUAGGUGACUGCUUGUAUUAUUAUUCAUCGGCAUAAGCUGCUUUUUUGUGUGUUUUGUUUUACACAAGUUAUGUCCUAAUCCUGAUCUUAUGUCCUAAACUUGUGUCUUUCAGACUGUCUUUUAUGAGUAAUCAAAGGCAGCUGAAGCCUACGCUAACAGGCCAGCGUUUCAAAACCCGCAAAAGAGAUGAAAAGGAGAGGUUUGACCCCACCCAUUUUCAAGAAAGCAUCGUACAAGGUCUGAACCAAUCUGGCUCUGAUUUGGAGGCUGUCUCGAAGUUUCUUGACGCCUCUGGCGCCAAGCUUGACUACCGACGCUAUGUGGAGACUCUUUUCGACAUCCUGGUCGCUGGUGGGAUGCUGGCGCCAGGAGGUACCUUGUCAGAUGACAUGACCUGCACAGAGUUUUGUCUCUUCAAAGCACAAGAAGACAUGAAGACAAUGCAGGCAUAUGCCCAGGUCUUUAACAAGCUUAUCCGGCGUUACAAAUACUUGGAGAAAGGAUUUCAGGAGGAGUUUAAAAAGCUGCUGUUGUUCCUCAAGGGCUUUACUGAGUCUGAGCGCAACAAGCUAGCCAUGCUAGCAGGAAUUCUGCUGGCCAACGGCAAUCUUUCUGCAGCCAUUCUAAGCAGCCUCUUCAAUGAGAACCUCGUCAAAGAAGGUGUUUCAGCGUGCUUCGCUGUAAAACUCUUCAAAUCAUGGCUUUCUGAAAAGGACAUCAACUCUGUUUCUUCCGGUCUCCGGAAGGUUGGCAUUGACAGCAGGCUCAUGGAGCUGUUCCCUGCCAACAAGCGCAAUUGUGAGCACUUCUCAAAGUACUUUUCGGAUGCCGGACUGCCGGAGCUUUCAGACUUUGCCAAAAACCAGCAGUCCAUUGGUGCUCGCAAGGAGCUGCAGAAAGAGCUUGAGGAGCAGUUGUCACGUGGGGAACCCCUCAAAGAUAUCAUCCCCUACGUCCGAGAGGAAAUCAAGAAGAACAACAUCUCUGAGCAGACGAUGAUUGGACUAAUUUGGGCCAGUGUGAUGAACUCGUUGGAGUGGAACAAGAAGGAGGAGCUGGUCACAGAGCAAGCCAUCAAACUUUUAAAGCAAUACAGCCCACUGCUGAAGUCAUUCACCUCCCAGGGCCUCUCUGAACUAACUCUCCUGCUGAAGAUCCAGGAGUACUGUUACGACAACAUCCACUUCAUGAAGUCAUUCCAGAAUAUUGUCGUGCUGCUCUACAAAGCGGAUGUUUUGAGUGAGGAGGCGAUUCUUAAGUGGUACAACGAAGCCCACCUUGCCAAAGGAAAGAGCGUUUUCCUUGAACAGAUGAGAAAGUUUGUGGAGUGGCUCAAGAACGCAGAGGAAGAGUCUGAGUCUGAGGAAGAGGAGGCAGACUGAGCACCUCGACCUACAACUACCAUUUUGAGUUCUAUUUCCACAUUAGCAUAGUACCAGAUGCAGUAGAAGGACUUGUUACUGGAGUUUGGCUGUAUUUUGUUUUUUCCUUCUCUAUUCCCUACCACCAAAUAACUUGUUUAACUGUAAUGUAAUGGCUUUAAUAUUGUUUUCAUUUACACCAUGUUUUCUCUCUGUAUCAAUACAUGUACUCUUCUUUAUACUCCUCCAGGAGCUGGUCACAGUAACACAUUUAGCUAAAUAGAUCAAAACUAAUUUUAUGUGAUAAAGGGGGACCUUUUUUUGGACAAAUGGUUCCCUUUUAAAAUUGGCCCGUUAGGAGGAAUAUUUCACAGCUAUUAUAUUUAGCCAUGGAACUCUAAUUUGCCAGAGGUCUGUCUGUAAAGCCAUGAUAUCUUGGUCCUCUGAAAGGCAAACUGUUUUUGCAACCUAAUUUCACAUUUCUGCCAAUUAUGUGACAACUUGGAAUGUUUUGCCAGUUUAGAUUCUGUCUCCAUUAUUGGGGAUGGAGAUAUGCCAUUUCAAGCAGUGGUUAUGGUGGCCAUGCACCAUGAAGAAUCAAACUAAUUGUUUUUUACAUCUUGGGUAACGGAACCAUGCAAGUGUAUUUUUAUUUUCUCCUUUACCAUACAGUUUGACUUUUUAAAAUAAAGGGGAAUUAAUGGUUA